CCUAGUAAAGCGAUUUCAGCGCAUGCAGGGGCUCGUCCCUACGGCCACGGAUGGCAACAUGGCGACAGAGUUCCACAACCUGCAGGAGUUGAGGCACAGUGCAUCUCUGGCCAACAAAGUCUUCAUCCAGAGAGACUACAGCGAAGGAACCACCUGCAAGUUUCAGACCAAGUUCCCCUCUGAGCUGGAGAGCAGGAUUGAGCGGACGCUGUUUGAGGACACUGUGAAGACUCUGAAUAACUACUACGCAGAGGCAGAAAAGAUUGGAGGACAGUCCUACCUGGAGGGGUGUCUGGCCUGCGCUACAGCAUAUCUCAUCUUCCUCUGCAUGGAGACACGUUAUGAGAAGGUGUUGAAGAAGAUAGCCAAGUACAUUCAGGAGCAGAAUGAGAAGAUCUAUGCUCCCAGAGGUCUGCUCAUCACAGAUCCCAUAGAAAGGGGGAUGCGUGUCAUAGAGAUUUCCAUCUAUGAAGACCGGGGCUCCAGCGGCUCCAGCUCAGGGAGCAGCUCCGUGUCUGGCAGCACUGCUCGAUGACUGGGCACUUCCUGAAAAUCAUGCCCCCCUGAUCACUCACAACCCCGGAGGAGAAUUUACCACUCCUGUCCCAACACUUACUUACACGUACAUCCCUCAGCUAUGCUCACACAAAGUAUUCACUUCCUCACUUUUUUUCCUUUUUGAUCCUGACCUGCCAUCACACGCUUACAUUGUUUAAACUGUUUAAGCUUUUUUCUCAGUGAACGCUUAAAACAUGCACUUUAGCAGUUUCUUGCAAAGCAGUGUGCAUGGAUACUGACACAGUCACGUUUAGAUUCAAUGUCUCGAUGGAAAAAAAAAAAAGUACCUGGUAAUACUUUGUGUGAACAUACUGUCACCUUCCUUCCUGUCUUGUCUGGUGGGUGAGGAAAAGGAUGGAAUGAAGUGAGAAAUAAAAAGGGAAGAAGAGAGUGUUGAGACAGGAGCAAAGACCACAAGCCUCGCCAAACUUCAUACCUCAGCCACCACCGCUGCACCACACGGUCCGGAUCAGCCACAGUCGCACCCUGACCACUCUGGAACAACCAGGAAAUUGGACUGAACACAUCACUGUCAACCCCGCACACCAGACACUGGCUUUUUAAGAUGGUACGUGCAGCUCUGAGUUUCCAGAUUUGAGCUAAUUUAAAAAGGGUAUACAAGUAUUUGAUCAGGGCAUCGCAAAUUUUCACCACCUCAGAGCCCAGAUUAACUGAAGAAGCUCUUCCUCCAUCACCUCUGCUGUAAAUCAUGCUGUCUGGUAGCAGAUGAAUGUCAUUCAGCCCAUGUGUGUAUAUAAUGUAGCAGAUCUUCCAUAUCUCUAGUUAGACACACAGACGUGCACAAAUCUAAGUACUAACCUCUUGGUUUCAAUGAGUGAGACCAACUUUUCCUAAAUUUUGAUUAUGCAAGGACAUACUGUGCAUUAAAUGCGACAGUAGGUAGACUAAGGAUGGGUCAAAAAGUCUUCCUGAAUCUUUCCUGUAGUGUUUUAAAAUACACCAACCCUUCCUUAAUUUCUGAACAAACUUCCAAAGAACAAUAACUGCCAAAAAGCUGGCUCACAAAUGUGAAUGUGUCUUUUACUUUGGUGACAUUGUGUGCAAGAAUAAACUUUCGUACUGCUUGUUGUUUGAUACAUGUGGCAAUGAAGUAAAUAUGACCGGUGUCAAAUAAAUACUG